ACCUCCAUCUGAAGUUUACAUGGCAUUGUUCUGUUCAGUGGUCACUAGCACGAUUUCCCUACUAAUCUGUCUGGUUCACUGAGAGAAAAUGCAUAUUUCGCGUCAAACAUAAUGAUAGUAAGGCUUCGUUUUGAAUGCUGGUUGGAAAAAGCAGUUCGUUUGAAGACAUCCUUUGAACAGACACACGAAAAGAUUUGAAGAUAAAUUAAUUUCAUUGGUGAUAUCACUGUCUUCCGAAAGAAAUGGCUGCUGUGCGGAAUUCUGAAAUCUUCCAUUCUGCUUAUAAAGCUAAAUUCAACUCAAAGCCUAGCCUGAGGCCACAGCCCCUCGGUGACGUAAAUGCAAGAUGGACAGCAUGGAGGCGCUCAGAUUAUUUCUAUCCUGAAAUGAUACCUGAGCCCGAUUAUAGUGAAUCAGAAGAGGAGGAAGAUGAAUCCGAUGAAGAGAAAUCUACAAGUGUGGAACGCCUAAGGGAUAUGGAAGAAGAAGACGAAGAUGCAGAAGACGUGAAGAAAAGAAGAGCUAUCCCUCCAUCGAAAUCCGUUGAGCUUUUGAAAUCUGUAAGUGAAACACAGAAGUCAUCCUCAGGUGAAGAACUUAUUCAGCCCAGGAAGCCUUCCUAUCCCUUUCAAGAUUCGACUGAAAGACAAAAACUGCACAAAGAGCUAAAAUUCAGUCAAAAAUAUGGUAAAUUUGGUAUCAACCCGAAGACAGAACUCCAACGGGCGCUUCAGAAGUAUACUGAAAGUAAACUCAAACGAGAUCUGGCUGCUUCGAAGCAAACGUCCCUAGAGAAAAUUUUAGAACAACAAGCAAAGAAAAUUGAAAUGCAAGAGAGAGAAGGCGAUGGAAUGAAGUGCCCAGCAUGGAUAGAACGUUUGCAGAAACAACAGAAUAUGACAUGGGCUGAUCCUAAAAAGGACGAAUUCUUUCGCGUGCAUGCGCGAGUGGUUAAUAGCCUCAUGACAAGCAAGCUAAUGAAAGCAGUCAGCAGCCAGUCUUCCAUAGAAUCUUCUAUAGAUAAAGAGUCCUCCAGCUCUGAGUCCAGUCCGAGCUCGGAAUGACUCCGACUUAUGUAUCCAUGAUGUAGCUUUGUAUAUUGCGAGCGGUAUACCUGUACUAUUCAACAUUGCCAAUAUUUUGAACUUAAUGUAAUGUUUUAUUAAAAAAAAAAAAGAAUUA